AUGGAAUUCAAAUUAUAUCGAAGAGUUUCAGGAGAAAUUACUGUCUCCAGAGGCAUCGAAAUGACUUCUCUCUUGAUAGGUUUGCCAGGUUUUGAAGUCCUGACUGAAGCAAUGAAGAGCGACGUUGAUACUGAUGAAUUAGCAAGAAAAGAAGAUAAGGAUUUCCAUGAUAUCGGAAAAAUUUUGCAACAAUCAGCUUUUAAUUCUCUCGAUUCCAAACACAGAAACAUCACACGACAGCAUACAGUUCAAGAUGAGUUGCAAACUCUUGCCGAUGAUCAAGCUGAAGAAACAAUAUGCUUCAAAUGUUAUCAUAUGUUCUAA